CUCUGAAUGCGAUGGUAUGCCUCACGGACAGCGGGAUCAGAGCAAGCUUACGGAAUCGAUGCUGCGAGAUCAGAAUUGGUAAGGCAGUAGCUGGGAAGAACUGUGUCAUUCCACCAUUGCUGCAUGAAGCUCAACUAGUAUUUCUUUGUAGAAAGCAUUUUAUUUCUUGCUCCUCAUGAUAGAUUCUGUAGUUCUCAGUACACACUUUCAGGUAUAGGAUGCAGAUCUCUGCGGACUCAUCGAUAGUAGCCAAACAGCAUGCUCUUGGGGAGAAGACGUACACGACUACUCUAUUGUAAACUUAUACUAUUCAAGUCGGAUUUGCAUUUUUGUCAAGAUGAUUCAUGAUUGUCUGUAAUCAAGGAAGAGGAACUUUUUUGAGUGAGUCAUUACUGCGUAUUUUUUCCGCCGAUGUAACUGUCUCCAACAAUCAUUACAGACUAUCGGCGUGUCUUUCAUUCAGGUCACUUUUCGUGUUUUAUCGACGAACUCGACGGGACAAGGAAAGUGGGAACACGAAUCGUGGUUAUUGGGUGCUUCUAGCAGUGAAAGACGCCGCGGACUGCGGCAUAAAGCAACAAUCAUGUUUACCAGAAGCGGAAAGCUCGAGUGUAUUAAAGAAUUUGCGUGACUUAACCAGUGCAGAUUUCAUAACGGAUUUUCGUCAGUGCGAUGAACGAUUAUCCUGUCAAUCUACGACUAUAACGUAGUAGACGUAAGCAAAUUGUUGUUCUUGACGCUCACGCUCGUGUCUAAGACAUCCGUUCUCAUAAGGCCAGCUUAAUAUCAAUUCUCUCAGAUAUUUCUCCGUGACAAAGACGCCGAUUUUGCAGAUGCUGCGGGAGCAGUCCAGGAUUGGUUAUCCUCAACGUCGUUCGAUAGUUCGUCCUGUACAAGUGUCCUGUCGAGACGACCUGCUUCAUCUUCCGUGGGAGUGCUGCCUGCGAUGGAAUUCGUAGAUAAUGACAGGGAGAAAGAGACAACUGCAUACUCUUCAACAGCC